AUGCUUGGGCGAAUAUGCCCUGUAGUAACGUCAUCAAGAACAACUGCGGGUAUUCUGCAAGUUUUUCCGUCCAUUUCUAUUCAAACUUGUGAAGUUCAUCAUCAUAAAGAAAGACAUGAUUUACAAAGAUUUCUAGGUAUUCAUCGUUCUAACAAAGCUAAAGCUAACAGAAAUACUCAUGUCAACGAAAAAAUGUUCAGACGAAUGCGAGGUCGCAAAAUUCCCACAAUUGAUCUUCCUGAUGAUGCUGAACAACGAGAAUUAGAUGCUUUACCUCCAACCGAAGUUCGAUUGGCUUUAUUAAAGAAGGGUAUUAACCCGUAUAAAGAUGUACAACCUCGGAACUGGCAAGAAUCUCAGGUGACAAUGCAGUCUUUCAAUGCUGUUGUUGAUCCCUAUGUUUCCCCUGAAGACCCUCUACCUUUCCUCGGUAGUAACCUAGGAGAAAACACAAGGCUAAAAGCUGAGGAAGUUAAGGAAAGAGUUCUCCAUAAAUAUCAUAACUGGAGGAAUGGUACAAGCAGAAUAAAGAAGAAGGAAGGCUUUGAAAAGUUUGAUCCUACAAAAUUCGGGCCCACAGCUGAUCAUAUUUAUGAAGAGGCUCAUAAAGCUCUUAUGUCACGAGAUACGAAAACUCUUCACAAGUUCAUAACUGAACGUGCUUAUGUUAAAAUGUGGCCCGAUGUAUCAAAUGGAUCUAUUUUCUGGGAGCUUGUGGAAAGAGUAGAACCUAGUAAGGUUGUUGCCGUCCGCUGUGCUGAUAAUCCGUAUAAAUCCGGAAACGAUAUCGCCCAACUCACUGUUAGAAUGCAUACCAAACAGAAAUUAGCUAUAUAUGAUAGGUUUGGUCAUCUUAUUUUGGGUUCAGAAACGGAGCCAAGAGACGUAGUAGAAUACGUAGUAUUUGAAAAUCAUAUCGCAGUGGUAGAUGGAGUUUGGAGGUUGCAUGACAAAGUCUAUCCCAAAUGGAGUCAACCUAAACAAGGAGCUCAUCUGACCAAAGAAUUAGAAGACAGUACAGAUACUAACGAAGUAAGACCUCAAGAGGCGUCCUCCCUACCUCUACGAGCAGAACAAGUUGCUCGUCAGCGGAAGCAAGAUGAAAAAUCAGGAAAAUCUGAAGAUGAUUAA